CAGAUCUUUCCAAUUUAAAGUUAAUUGCGUCAGCUUUUCUCAUAUAUACAGGGCUUCUGCUUACGCAAAAAAUUGCGUACAGUACGUAUUAAAAGUUCGGAGGACCUCUUCAAUUUUCGUCAAUGGGGUCCCCUUCAAAUUUGGGCAAAGAACAGGGACCCCUUAAAAAUCUGAAGAAGGGGUCCCUGGGAACCCAAAGAAAUUAGCCUUAGCAGAAGCCCUGAUAUAUAUAAAACGCACACAUAUAACACUGAUGGCUAAUAAUAUAAUCUUGUGUUUCUAACCAGUAUUUGUGACGUCAUCGCACUGGAAGCGCGACAUUUUGAGAGCCCGAGCAUGAAUGUAAAAAACACAAUUUCUUCAAGACCAUCAUCAGAUCUACCAGAUGAUCAUUGUACAUUUGAAUUAAACUUUGCAGAAGCUGAUGCAGACUUUGAACUGCAAUCUAAUCUCUUUAGAACCAGACCUACAUCUUCCCCUGAGAACUCAAGACCUCAGGAGAACAAAGACAUUUUGAACAGCCACAAAAAACGCAAACGUGAUGUAAAUAAGGAUGGCUUUCUAACACCAACAACACCUGAUAUUCCUAAAUCCUCUAGUAAACAUGGAAUGCCAUCUCACGAGAGCUUAUUUGGGAUGGGCCCAAAAGGAGAUGUUGCAAGUAGGCGAGAUGCUAAUGAAGGUUGUUGGACAAGCCUGGAUGAUGGACAGCAGGUUUUGCUGAGCAUGACAGACAGCUCUAAGACCCCUCAUGAUAAUGCAUUUACAGAAUCUGCUGUCAAUAGCUCCAGCAUGUGUGCUGUGGGUGGAGACAACACUAACUCUGUGCAAAGCUAUGAUUCCAUUUUUAAGGAUAUGAUUCAGGAAUUCAAAGUAGUUGUGAUGCAGAGCUGCCAAGAAUUUUGUGGAAGUGAAGAGCAUGAGUCCCAGAGCCUUAAAGAACUUGAGAAACUUCUGCAAGAAGCUCUUGACAUAGAAGAAAAUCUUCUUCGUCAAAAGGAUUUCAUGCAUAGAAGACUUGCUGCUAUCAGUCAGCGCCUAGGACAUCCACAGGAGCCAAAUCUUUGAUAUAGGACUUCCUAUCUUCAGAGAGGGACAUAUUUCUUUCAUAUCCAUGGUCUUUUCUGAGAUUUGUUGUUGUAUAUUAUGUUUUGCUAGAUACAGUUGAAGUCCUAACUGUUCCACUUCUUGUUAGAUUUUUUGAGGACUUUUAGACAACAUAGUAAACUUUUUUUUUUUUCAACUCCAUUAUUCAUUCUUCUUGUGUUUGAGUUUUCCCCCCAAAAAAGUGUUCUCUUGUUUCCCUGCUCCCUUACCUUCAUGAUCUAUCUAUAAUUAACGUAUGUUAAGAAAGGUGAUACUGUGAAAAACUGGAUCAACAUAAGGACUGUCCAUGCAUAUUGAAAUGCUUUCCAAACAUCUGAAGCUUCAGAUUUUUUAAAACUGAAAUCAUCGAAUAACUGCUGAUCUGAAAUAAAAAAAAAGCAAACUUACCUCAUCUGCAAUGCUGUUCAUUAGAAUAUACCAUAAAGUGUUCUGUUGUUUGAAUCAUCUUUGAAUUUCAUGUUCAUGCUUCUUUCCAAGAAAUAUUUUAAAGUAUUAAAUACAUUUAUUAAACAUGGUAUUUUACAUGAAAUUUGAUGUGUGUUUUUAAAGUUUUGUAUCAGCAAAUUAAGUAAGCAGACAAUCCAAUUGCUUUCUAUUUAAUAAUAGUAAUAAUUUAUAUUGUGAAGUGCAAGAUACAGGUGAACCGAUUGUUCUAAGCACUAGCAUUCAGUAUAAUCAUUUAGUUAUUAAGUGGUAUCAGUUAGAAAAGAGAUGUCUACAAUAUUGUCAACUAGAAGUUUUUUAAGCUGCACAAAGCAUUUAUUGUCCACCAUAGGAUUUCAGGAAUGAUGUUAGAUAAUAUGUAUGGAGAUAAGCAAAUACUUUGAUUCAAAGUGAAUACAAAUUAGCACAAAGUAAUGCGUGCUUUUUAUUUCUUAUGUGGUAGGAGGCAAAUGCUGCUUAUCACAGAGGCAGAAAAAAGGUUCGUUAAGAUUUGAAAAAAAUUUUAUCUUGUAUGCACUUAUUCCUGUAGCUGUGACAAGAAGCUGGUGUCUACUAAUCACUGCCAUGCAGUCAUGCUAGCAUUGCUAUGCCACUCUUAAAAUCUGAUUAUUAAAAUCUGAUUAUUUGUCUGUU